GGGCGGGCGGAGGGAGGGGGCGGGAGCCGGGCCCGCAGCUGGGACUCCUUUCUCUGCCGGCGGCGGCGGAGGGAGCGGGCGGUGCUGCGGCGACGCCGCCGCCAUCUUGGAUUUUACUCUCCAUUUUUUCUCUGGAAUUAUUUUUUGGUGAUUAAUUUUCUUUGGGGGCGGAAAGGGCCGCGGGCAGCGCGUGCCCCGCACGGAGCCGCGGGGCAGCCGGGCCUCCGACCCCGGCCCCGUCCUCCUCCCGAGGGGGAGCGGGCGGCGCUCGGGCGGAGAGAAACUUGAAAUUAUUCUCUAAGCUAUUUGAAGAGAGUGACUAAAUGCCACUGGGUCGGGCUGUCUGUGGGUAUGAAGUGGUUGGGAGACUCCAAGAACAUGGUCGUGAAUGGCAGGAGAAAUGGAGGCAAGUUGUCUAACGAACACCAGCCGAGUCAAUCCAAAUUUCAGCACGCGGGAAAGGACGCCCUGAAAGCUGGCAGAAAUGCAGUUGAGAGAAGGUCAAGCAGAUGUAGCGGUGCUUCAGGGUUCGAGGGCCAGAGUCGCUAUGUUCCUUCUUCGGGGAUGUCUGCCAAGGAGCUGUGUGAAAAUGAUGACCUAGCCACCAGUCUGGUGCUUGACCCCUACCUAGGCUUUCAGACCCACAAGAUGAACACGAGCGCCUUUCCUUGGAGGAGCUCCAGGCACUUCACCAAAUCGGACAGCUGCCCUCACACGCACCCAGUGAGAUUUCGUCCUAUUAAAGGAAGGCAAGAAGAGCUGAAGGAGGUGAUUGAGCGCUUUAAGAAAGACGAGCACUUGGAAAAGGCCUUCAAAUGCCUGACCUCGGGCGAAUGGGCGCGGCACUAUUUUCUGAACAAGAAUAAGGCACAGGAGCGGUUGUUCAAGGAACACGUAUUUAUUUAUUUGCGAAUGUUUGCGACUGACAGUGGAUUUGAAAUCCUGCCGUGCAAUCGAUAUUCUUCAGAACAGAAUGGAGCCAAAAUCGUUGCAACAAAAGAGUGGAAACGGAACGACAAGAUCGAGUUGCUGGUGGGGUGUAUCGCUGAACUCUCGGAAAUAGAGGAGAACAUGCUUCUUCGACAUGGAGAGAACGACUUCAGUGUCAUGUACUCCACCAGGAAAAACUGUGCUCAGCUCUGGCUCGGUCCCGCCGCCUUUAUAAACCAUGAUUGCAGACCUAACUGUAAGUUUGUCUCGACGGGUCGCGACACCGCCUGCGUGAAGGCCUUGAGAGACAUCGAGCCCGGGGAGGAAAUCUCCUGUUAUUACGGAGACGGGUUUUUCGGAGAAAACAACGAGUACUGCGAGUGUUACACUUGUGAAAGACGGGGAACUGGUGCUUUUAAGUCGAGAGUGGGGCUGCCCACGCCCGCUCCCGUCAUCAACAGUAAAUACGGGCUGAGAGAGACCGACAAGCGCUUAAACCGGCUGAAGAAGCUGGGUGACGGCAGCAAGAACUCGGACAGCCAGUCGGUCAGCUCCAACACGGACGCAGAUACCACUCAGGAAAAAGCCGACGCGGCUGCUAACAGGAAACCGUCCGUCGGCGUAAAGAAGAGCAGCAAGAACCGAUCGCUGACGCGCCCGUCGUCAUCGGUGUCGCGGAUCCCGGCGGCCUCCAACUCUACCUCAUCGAAACUCACUCCUCUCCACAAUCCCAGGGUACCAAAGAAACUGAAAAGGCCUGUCAUCAAGCCUUUGCUCUCCAAGAUAAAGCUCAGAAACCAGUGCCGGCGGACAGAGCAGAAGAGCUCCUCCAGAAAGCUGGAGGUGGGGAACCUGGUCCUCAAGGAGCCCAAGGUGGUUCUCUACAAAAACUUGCCCAUUAAAAAGGACAGAGCGUCGGAGGGAGCGGGGGGUGCCGCCGCGGCUGGUGGCUGCCUCACCCGCCAUGCGGCCCGGGAACACCGGCAGGGGCCCCUGAACGGGGCUCCCGAGCAGGACGGGGAGUCCCCCUGCGCCUACAUCACUCGGAGGUCAGUGAGGACGAGAACCGGGUGGAAGGAGACCUCUGAGCCCGCCCUCGAGCCGAGCCUGCCGGGCAGCCCUCCCGGCACCUGGACGGGCCCAGGCUCCGGCACAGACACGGACGCCACAGAACCGCCCACCGCCCACGCGGUGCACGACCAGCAAAAGGCCUAUGAGUCCACUGCAUCCCCAAAGGGGGAGGGCAGGUCUCCAAAGGAGGACGCCAUCACGGCCAAAAAGAAAUCACGGCCAGGGAAGCUUCUGAAACCAUUUCCCAAAGUGGAGGAGCCCACGCCGGCCCUGGACGUCCCCGAAAGCGACGAAGCGGCGCCCGCCCUCGUCGGCUCACAGCCCGACCGCGGGGAGCCCAGGGACAGAGCAGAGGGGUCCAUGGGCCGCCAGGACUGCACCCCCGCCGCUGCGGGCGGGUGUUCCAUGGGGACGCCCGACCAUACCAGAACGAAAGACAACUUUAGAACUGCCAAAAGCAAAAAAAAACGGCGCAUCACGAGGUACGAUGCGCAGCUGAUCCUGGAGAACAGCUCCGGGAUCCCCAAAUUGACUCUGCGGCGCCGCCACGACAGCAGCAGUAAGGCGCACGAGCAGGACGCCGAGAGCGCCGGCGCCUCCAAGAUCAGCAUCAAGCUCAGCAAGGACCACGACAAGGACAGCAGCCUCUACGUGGCCAAGCUCAACAACGGUUUCAGCGCCGGCGCCGGCGGCGGCAGCGCCACCAAGCUGAAGAUCCAGCUGAAGCGCGACGAGGAGGGCCGCGGGCCCUACGCCGAGGAGCUGCGUGAGAACGGCCUCUGCUGCCAGGAGACGCUCUCCCUGCUGGAGUCACGCGUGGAUGGCGACGGCUACGGGCAGUACCCGGAGGAGAGCGCCGAGGAGGUGUCCUCGGAGGAGGAGGAGGAGGAAGAGGACGAGGAGGACGACGACUACGAGGACGACUACGAGGACGACUUCAUCCCCCUCCCCCCCGCCAAGCGGCUGCGGCUGAUCGUCGGCAAGGACUCCAUCGAUAUCGACAUCUCCUCCCGUCGGCGCGAAGACCAGUCGCUGCGGCUCAACGCCUGAGCGCCCGCGGCCCCCGCCCGUCACUCCUGGAUCGGCCCGGCCCGGCAGAGCGUGGACAGCGGCGCCCGCGGGCGCGCCUUCUGAUCGUACUUUUUAAAUAGCCUUCUUAUGUGCAAUUCUGAGGUCAAGGGGAUGCCCUUUUGUAAAAUAAAUGCUCGAAUCCAAUUGUACAGAGAGAUCCGCCUUCCCGAGGACAGUGGGAGCAAUGACGUGGCUACACACUGAUUUUUAACCUGGAGAGCAUCCGCCGGCUCUUUGGGAGCUGACUAAACCGUAAUUUAAAAAAUCACCGUAGCAGCAUAGUAACGUUCUCGAGUACGUGUUACUAUCACCAGCAAUGACCUGUGGCUCUUUGAUUUACUCGGUAGCUGUUUCCCCCGGAGUUUCGUCCGUUUCACACUGUACGCUGUCCCCGAUGGACUGUUCGUGGCCUUGGUCCUAGUAGCAAACUGUUGGUUGGAAGUCACAUGGAUUUCUUUCUUUCUUUCUUGAUUUUUUUAGUCCGAUGACAGAGGCGUCGACGGCUUGCUCCCUUUUUAGUACAUUAUAUGUACCGGGUGGCAGCGUGCAGGACGGAAGUUUGGAUAUGGUGUAUUUAUUGCUUGUUAUGUAAAUUAAACACCUUGUAUUUAACACUUUUCAAUACUUUUAGAUAAAAUUGUUCUUUGCAAGAAUGAUUGGUGCUUAUUUUUUCAAAACUUUGCUGUGAAACAAUGUGGUGACCCCAGGCGACAUUUACCCACGACCCACAGCUCCUCAUUCGGUUCUUCAUCGUUUUCUGUUGCACUUGUAAAAUGCUACAAGGAAUAUAAAGAAAUCUAUUCACUUUAACUUAUAAUAGUUUAUGAAAUAAAAACCUGAGUCACAGCUUUUGUUCUGUGGUGCCCUAUACAAAUGUUUGUCUUGAAGAUUCAAUGUAAAGGACUGAAAACGCUGUACAUGUUGUAAAUAUUUGUGUGUUGUGAGAAACUUUUGUCAUGAGACAUUAAAAGAACUUACCAGGAAGGUUUCCAUACGUUCAUGCCGAUGCCAUAGGCCACCGAGGGGGCCCAGCCGCCCCGGCGGCUCCCACCUCCCGCCCCGUCGCUGCCAGCCAAGAGCGCCGCGCCGGGCCUCGGGGCCCAUGACAAACCAAGCGGCUCCGAUUCCGACCAGGGCCGACAUCGGACCGCGGGGGGUUCCUGCCGACUCCUCUGUAAGUCCUUGAGCUCGGAGCCUGGAGGCCAGCAAAUGGCUGGGGUGACGGGCGGCGGUCCCGGGUCCCGUGGCGCCCUCGGUUCCGGUCGGUGUCUGGUCCCGGGAGGCGGCCCCUUCUCCCCCCGCUCUCUCCUUCAGGCCUGCGGGCCAGCCCCUACCACGCUCCCUAGGGAAGCCUCAGCCUCGUCUCCCGUGGGAGGUCGUGCAUUCCCUGGGCCGCUCCCAAGCUUGGCAGUCUGUCCGCGAGGGGCUCCAGCUCCUCCGGACGCCCUCUGGUCCUUACAACAGCACACGUGAGAGAAGCAGCCCCCCGUGGCGGCCGGGAUUAUCCCAGAGGGGGAAGCCAUAGGCCCCGAGGCUGAAAAUCAUGGCCCGUCCUUUAAAUCAAGAGUUCUUCACGUUGGGGAUGGGGGCGUUGGGAAGGGAGGCAGAGGAAUAUCCUGGCUGGUUCUUUGCCUACUUGGGGCCACCCUUCCAUGGGUUCUAGCUUUCGUUGUAAAGUAAUAAAAGAUCUUUAAUUACA